CGUCGAAGGUUUCGUAGCCGUGUUUUUGGGAAUACCACAGCACCAGCAACGGAUUGGUGCUCGCCGUGGAAACCGUGCAGUGAAUCGCGUUGAAAGCGUUACCAUCCCGCGGAUCGAUCCGCCGAAUCGGCAACGUUUGAUUAGUGCCGGGCCGGACCGGGAUUGUGCAAGCCAAGGAAGCUGUGGCCUGUGUGGAAGCGAUUGGUGUGCCGUGAAAGAGAAAGUUCAAAUGGUGGCCGAAUUUACCCGUGCAAGUGGUACGGCCUCGAAGCAGUGAAUAGUGCAGCUUACGCCAUUACGCCAGCGCAAGUGAGUGAGGCACAGUGAGUGAGGGCCACAGUGCCAACAGGGCCCCCUUCAGGAUGACGGUCGGCAUUACCAACACGCUGCAGUUCAUCGCCGGGAACUCGGCGCAGUACAUGAAGCCAGGCUCGGACGAUGAACGGUCCGCGGCCGACACAAUGGCCGACGCCGCCUCGGUCGCGUCCAAGUACGCCGACAGCAACAACAACGAGAUGGAGGAUGAUAGCACCGUCAGCAGCAAGGAUCUCGACAGCUAUCUCAAGCACUACAACCGUUGGGAGCAGUCCGCCUGGGGCCGCCGCAUGAGCGAACUGCUGAAGCGGUACACGGGUUACGAGUUUGACGACGAGAUCAAGUGGAACAAUGUGCUGAUGAUCGGCGUCUUCCACGUGAUCGCUAUUUGCUCGUUUCUACACUACGUCUGGCAGGCGACUCCUGUCUCCUACAUCUGGGGUUUCUUCGUUGGCGGAUGUGCCGGGUUCGGAGUAACGGGCGGCGUGCAUCGACUGUGGUGUCACCGGUCGUACAAGGCGAAGCUGCCCCUGCGUAUCAUCCUGAUGUGCUGCUACUCGAUCGCGGGACAAAACACGAUCUAUGACUGGGUCCGGGAUCACCGCAUCCAUCACAAGUACUCGGAAACGGACGGUGAUCCACACAACGCGAAUCGGGGCUUCCUGUACGCGCACGUCGGCUGGCUGAUGCUACGCAAGCACCCGGAGUGCAUCAAGAAGGGGCGCCUGAUCGACAUGUCGGACAUUGUCAGCGAUCCGGUCGUACAAUUCCAUCACAAGCACUUUGUUCUGAUGAAAAUGUUGUUCUGCUUCAUCCUGCCAACGUUCAUUCCGUGGUACUUUUUGGGCGAAAACUUCCGAAUGGCAUUUUUCAGCCAGUGCUUUGUGCGAUACGUGCUGAGCUUGAACUUCACCUGGCUGGUCAACAGUGCCGCCCAUCUUUACGGUAGCCAUCCGUACGACAAGCGCAUCAACCCUGCGGAAAAUCGUGCAGUUUCCGUGGUGGCUAUGGGCGAAGGAUGGCACAACUACCACCAUGUGUUCCCGUGGGACUACAAGGCGGCCGAGCUGGGCAACUACUCGGUCAACGUGACCACAUUCUGGUUGGACUUUUUCUCCAAGAUUGGCUGGGCGUACGAUCUGAAGGAACCGUCGAAGGAGUUAGUAAGAAAGACGAUUGCAAAGUACGGAGACGGUACCCACAUAACGGCCCGGAUCGGGCACAUGGAGGAGGUUCCAGCACCAUCGGAUUAAUUCCUUCCAUUUACCAAUACAUUCCAAAGUCUCGUCAGAUCGAUCUAUUCGGAUCGAUCAGGUCGACGAUCUAUCCUAAAUGUUUUUUUUUUUCUAAAAUGUCAAUGGUUGAUUUUACUUAAUAAAUUUUAU